CGCAGAGGUAACAUGUCUGGAGUCGCAGCUCAAGUGUCUAAGGACAGAGCUGUAGCCGAGGGGCUUGGCACCAACAAGAACCCGGUGAAGUACUUAAAUCAGGACUUCGAGGAACUCCGGGCACAAUGCUUGUCUUCCAAAGUCCUGUUCAAGGAUGACCAGUUUCCUGCCUGCGUCUCAGCCCUGGGUUACAAGGACCUGGGACCCAAUUCUCCAAAGACCCAAGGGAUUGUAUGGAAGAGACCCACGGAUCUUUGCCCAAAACCUCAGUUCAUUGUCGAUGGAGCGACACGUGGUGACAUCUGCCAGGGCGCGCUCGGGGACUGCUGGCUCCUGGCUGCUAUUGCAUGUCUUACGUUGGACCAGAACAUGUUGGGCCGAGUUGUCCCAGAGAAGCAGAGUUUUCAGGAGAACUAUGCCGGAAUAUUUCACUUCCAGUUCUGGCAGUACGGUGAGUGGGUGGAUGUUGUCGUGGAUGAUCGGCUGCCCACGAAAGAUGGACGCCUGCUGUUUGUGCACUCAGAUGAGGGCAAUGAGUUCUGGAGCGCGUUGCUGGAGAAGGCCUACGCCAAACUAAAUGGAUCCUAUGAAGCGUUAACUGGCGGAAGCACAAUUGAGGGAUUCGAAGACUUCACCGGCGGAAUCUCUGAGCUGUAUGACCUGAAAAAGGCCCCGGCUGAUCUAUACCAGAUUAUACAGAAAGCCCUGAAGGCAGAAUCGCUGCUUGGCUGCUCAAUUGACAUCACGAAUGCCUACGACAGGGAAGCCAUCACGAGCCAGAAGCUGGUGAAGGGACACGCGUAUUCCGUCACUGGAGCGGAAGAGGUGACCUACAAGGGUGGAAAAGAGCAGCUGGUCAGAAUUAGGAAUCCUUGGGGACAAGUGGAAUGGACUGGACCCUGGAGUGAUGAGGCCCCAGAAUGGAAUUCCAUCGAUCCCAAGGAAAAGGCAGCUCUGGACAAACAGGCAAAUGAUGGGGAGUUUUGGAUGGCCUACUCUGACUUUAUAAAACAAUAUUCCAAGCUAGAGAUCUGUAACCUAACUCCUGAUACCUUGACUGGCAAUGACCAGCAGAAGUGGAAUAUAACUCUAUUUGGUAGCAACUGGGUCCGUGGGUCCUCGGCAGGCGGAUGCCUCAACUACCCAGGAACAUUUUGGACCAACCCCCAGUUCCGAAUUAAGCUGGAAGAGCCCGACGAUGACCAUGACGGAGCCGCACAUGAACCCUGCUGUACUGCGAUUGUAGGCCUCAUGCAGAAGAAUCGGAGACGGCAGAAGAAAUUAGGAGAGGACUUGCUGACUAUUGGCUACACUUUGUACAAGGUUCCAAAAGAGCUUCAGAACCAAACGGAUGUCAACAUCAGCAAAGAUUUUUUCCAGAAGAAUCAAUCAGUUGCACGCUCUGAUGCCUACAUCAACACACGCGAGGUCUCCAAACGUCUGAAGCUACCGGUCGGAGAUUAUCUGAUUGUACCAUCCACUUUCGAACCCUUCAAAGCUGGUGACUUCUGUCUUCGAGUCUUCUCAGAGAAAGCGGCCAAAUCUUUGGAAGUCGGCGACGUGGUGAAAGCUGACCCGUAUGAGCCUCAGAUAACAGACAAGGACGUGCCGGACGAUUUCAAGAAUCUUUUUGAGGGACUGGUGGGAGAUAAAGGAGAGAUCACGGCGAAGGAUAUUCAGACCAUACUGAACAAACUACUAGCAAAGAGAACAGACUUGAAAUCAAACGGUUUUAGCCUGACUACAUGCCGAGAAAUGGUCUCUCUCAUGGAUAUGGACGGAACUGGGACACUGAGUCUGGUGGAAUUCAACACUCUCUGGAUAAAGAUACAGAAAUAUAUAGAAAUCUUCCUGAAGAGGGAUGAAGAUAAAUCUGGAACCAUGGAUGCACAUGAAAUGAGGAUAGCUCUGCAGGAUGCAGGCUUUUCUCUUAAUAACAAGAUUCAGGAGAGCAUCACGAAGCGUUACACAUCUGAUGACAUGACCAUUAACUUUGAUGGCUUCGUCGCCUGCAUGACCCGCUUGGAGACCUUGUUCAAAAUGUUUAAAAUUUUGGACAAGGAAAGCCGCGGAAAGAUCGACCUCACUUUACCGGAGUGGAUCCGCACUACACUGGUCUAGAGGGAACGGGACGAGCUCAUAAAGAAACCGCAUUUCGUUUGCUAUUCGAUUCUGCGAGAUGUUUGGAUCCGUGUGACGCCCUCCUGCGUGUGACAAGGCCACUUUUUAAUGAUCUAUGUAGGAAUCAAACAUUGGGGAGAGAUAAAGUGGAGAGAGAUGAAGUACCAGCCAAUCAGCUCCUGACGUUUAUUAUUCAAACACAGUCUGUAACAUGACAGUUAGAUGCUGAUUGGUAGUUUAUCUCUCCCCUAUUUAUCACUCUCCAAGCGUAUAUACAUCUCCCCUUAUGUCUAAGAUUUUCAAAACCCACGGUGCUAUCAUGACGUCCCUGCUCUUAUUACCGCAGUGCAGGAUGACGAAUGAAUGAGUCCCUUCUUAGUUAUUACAAGUGAUUUACUCCCCUAGGUGUAGCUGGUGAUGGAAAAACUAUGGGAGAGAUUUAUCAAUCCUUUUAAAGAGGACAAGUGGAAGCGUCGCCCCAGUAACCAAUCAGAUUCUAGCUAUCAUGAUACACUUCGGUGCGGCCCAUUCAUCUUCAGUAGAACCACAUUUUACAACAUCCUCAGAAUGCCGACAUGUGAAUUCCACAGAAUGUCGACAUUAGGACGGGAGGGAUAGUGGGAUCAGGCAAUAGGGGGGAGGGGAGGGCGUUAGGGUUUGGCCGGGUACACACUAGAGCAAUGUGUACCCGGAUGUGUACCCGGAUGAUGCCAUCAUCAUGAAUGUCGACUUAGUAUAUCACACCCGUAAUAACAUAUCAGUGAGGCCUUUGAAACAAGCAAUACCAGCCACUGUGCAACAAACAAAUGUAACAUAAAAGUAGGAAAGAGUCAGGAGCUGCGAGUGAAAGCUUGAAGAGCCACGUGUGGCCCCAGGGCAGACCUUGGCCCAUCACUGACCUAGAACAUUCUAUAAAACGAGAGCUAGAAUUGAUUGGUUGCUAAGGGCAACAGCUCCGCUUGUCAUGUUUGGAUGAAUCUCCCUAUAAACCUUCAGGUUGUCUCCUUUAAUGUUACUCAAACACAGCAACUUAGGCCAAACAAAAAGGUCUUCUGAUACUGCCAGUCACCAAGCCUCUAGCAAGCACAGCAUGUCCAGAACACUUGUAAGCCUGUGAGCAGGGCCCUCCGACCUCGCUGUCCGACUGUUAUUGCCCAGCCCUGAUUUAUUACUGUAUUGUCCCCAACUGUAAAGAUCAACAGAAUAUGCCGGCACUAUAUAAGUAACUGUUAUUAUUAUUAUUAUUAUUAUUAUUAUUAUUAUUAUUAUUAAUAAUAAUAAUAAUAAUAAUAAUAAUAAUUAAUACAGCCAUUGCCAAAGGUUCAUGCUGAUAGACCUCUGUCAUUUCCUAGAUAUAAACUCAUCUGAACUAUUACAGCCAGCUAAUCAGUGCUUGCUCAGUGGCAAAGGCCGCAAUUGAAUUGAGGGUAGCUGCACUGGUCUGGCAGCUAGGGGGCGCUGUAGCAGGUACCCCCUCCUCACUUCUGGCUGUUCUGACUUACAUUGAAUAGUGUAAUGUGGAGACUGCUGCUUUGUGGCCCUGUGGUGCGAGGCUGGUCCUGGUGUCCCAAUGCCAGUUUAACAACCAGGCAGGUGGUGCUACAGCCCCAGGCCCCCAUAUAAAAAAAAAAUAGGCCCGAAACCCCCACAAUUAAGUUCUCAUCAUCCCUAUAUAGGAGCCUUGAGCCGGGCUUGCUAGCAAAAGAAAGACAGUUUGCUAGGCUUCAGUAUGGUUUGUAUGGAGCAGAAACCUUUCCUAUUCCACAGCCACAAUUACCUCCGCUCUGGUCCUGGAAAUUGGGUCACUGCCGCUGUGUAUGCUGUGAUCAUCAAUCCUAAUUGUCUGUGUUAGGGAUCAUCUGAGGCAGAACCAGUAUGUUUUCCCUGUAUCCCUCUAUGUUUAGUGCUCUUUCAUUUAUGUGUAUACUGUACUCGCUUAAUGAAUAAUGAUAUGAAUGGAUAAAAAGAUAUUGAACUUUGCAUUUUAUAAUAAUUAAACACUGCCAAUAAUUUAUAACUUAAUUUUAAAGAUCUCACACCUGUCAUUUCCAAAAUAAAGUCUUCAUGUGCAAAACAACCCAGUUUACAAUGCACGUCAAUGACUCCAUUUUGUCUGUGUAAAGCAAAAGUGGA